AUGUUCAACCUCCGCCGCUUUAUGGCCUCGGCCAUGCUGCUACUCGCAGUUGGCUUGGUCUUCUUCUCGCAGACCGCCGCUGCCGCCAAGGGCCCCAAGAUCACCCACAAGGUCUACUUCGACAUUCAGCACGGCGACGAGAACCUUGGCCGCGUCACCUUUGGUCUCUACGGCAAGACUGUCCCCGAGACCGCUGAAAACUUCCGUGCCCUCGCUACAGGCGAGAAGGGCUUUGGCUACGAGGGGUCUACUUUCCACCGUGUUAUCAAGGACUUUAUGAUCCAGGGCGGCGACUUCACCAAAGGCGAUGGCACUGGUGGCAAGUCUAUUUACGGCAACAAGUUCAAGGACGAGAACUUCAAGCUCAAGCACACCAAGAAGGGCCUUCUGUCCAUGGCCAACGCCGGACCCGAUACCAAUGGCUCCCAGUUCUUCAUCACCACUGUCAUCACCUCCUGGUUGGACGGCCGCCACGUCGUUUUCGGCGAAGUCCUCGAGGGCUACGACCUCAUUGACAAGAUCCAGAACUUCAAGACUUCUCCCGGCGACAAGCCCGCGGAGACUGUCAAGAUCGUCAAGAGCGGCGAGCUGGAGGUUCCUGCCGAAGAACAAAACGAAACUAUUGCAGCACCCAAGCUGGAAAAGUCAACAUCACAUAGACGUUCUCCUUCCGCGAUGCUGUUGCUAAUUUUCAUUGGCAUGGCCAUCGGCGUUUUUCUGGUUCGCUGUGCAUCAAAGCCAAAGGUUGUUGUGCAUGAGAAAUCUCUGGUUUAG